GGGGCAGGGAGAAAUGCUGAAAACAACGAGGGACAAGGCAAGGAGGAGGGAGAAGGAGAGAAGGAGGAGAAAACAACAAGAGGACAAAGGAGUCGUGAAACCAAAGCAGGUUCGGACAACAGCAAAAGUUCUCAACCUUUGCAAUGGGGAACCUUUCAGUGGUCCUGCUCCUCUGCGGUCUCCACGCACUCACAGCUGUCGUCCAAGCCCAGGAGAUCGAGACCACCGAGGCACCCGCCAGGACCCUCCCGCCAGCCAACUGCAGGGAGGAGAUGUACCUGUGCACCAGGAUGUACUCGGUGCAUCGGCCCAUGAAGAGAUGCGUGGGCGAACGCUGCAUUUACAGCCGCCAUCGCGUCUACGUGAUCAACAACGAGAUUUGCACCAGGACGCUGUGCGAAUAUGAGGAGAACCUCAAAGCCGAACUGUGCCGAGAGUCGUCCGGGUGGCCCAAGCGUAUCGCGAGGUCAUCGAAUAGGAAACGCUGCCGCAAUCGCCGUGGCAACCCCAAAACCUGGGCAAACAAGGCCCGGCGGGGGUCUCGGGCAUAACUGCGUCAAAGUCCAGGUGGGAGCCCCGUCGAGACAGAACUGCGGGGACGUUGUCAGCAAAACAGUCCACAACACUAUAAAUCUCACGCUCAGUGCCGGCGGGGGACGUUUUUUUUUCACACGUGCACGCAUGUGCUGAGUCAUAUCGAUGUUUAUGUGCCCUCACUUUUCAUUGCCUGUGACGAGCGUGCGUUUCAUGGAUCGUGUCAAGCAGGUUUAAUGGCCCUUCAAAAGGGGCCACGGAAAGCCGGCGGAGCAUGGAUGCGCUAUCCUGGAUACCCAACUUAAAAGGUCUAUGUAUGUUGUACUCACAUGUGAGACGAUUCGGUGCACUAGUAGAAUGACGUCUUCCGAGCAAUGCUUAUUCCACUCCCAGUGCCCCAUCGGGCCACCUACAGAAAGCCAUGGGAGCAGUUAUUCCAUCGACUUGAUCUACAGCUGCAGACCCAUGUAUUAGAAUGUGCUUCGACAAUUGACACACCGGUCCCCACCGCCCCCUCCUACUACUAGUGCCACUUUAAGCCUAUUAGUACUUAAUGAAACCUAACUGGUGAACUAUGGAACGUUCUUUGAUAUUCUUGAUAUCUGGCUUAAGGGCCAUCGACCUUCACAAGCAGGACUUUGGCAUUCUAGUAGGACCUCUGCAUGAGAGUGAUGCUCCUAGUGAAGCAUUUGUUGUCAACUAGUGCAGAGUUUAGGAUGCGUAACAUGUCGCCGUCCUACCAGUAUGUCAAUGUUGUCCUACAAGGGAGGACAAAGAGUGGACUUUUGUACGGCAGACUCCCAAUUGACUCUAUACAACUUUUUUUUGGAUUUGAUUUUUGUUGGAGAUUUUGGGCAGUUCCAUAUGCCUCCUAAUUUUCAUGGCUCGAGAUGAAAUUUUCAACCAGGGGUGCUUUGUUAAAAAUGUUUAGUGGGCACUACUGAGCCAUUUUUAAGAAAUUGCCCAAUAACGCUCCAAAAUAUUUUUUUUUUUUGCCAAGCUUGAUGUACGUGCAAAAUUUUCGCCUCGGUUCAUACCCACAAAAACAGCAUCAAUUUUCUUUGCAAAGAGCGCAUCGCCACAGCAACGGCCCAAAUUUCCACUGGUGGAGGAAACAACUUUCCCUUGUAGACAAACAAUCUAUUAGUGGGCUGAAUUGAGUACAAUGGGCAUAUGGAUCUGAAGUUGGAUGUCGACGAUAGCAAAUAAAUGCUUCAUCAGCUUUUUAUAUCAAGUCCAGUCAUCGCCGAAAGGGCCCCCUUUGACAUUGGCAGGUGCUAACUCAUAAUCCAUGACGUAUUACACGCACUGUUGUAUCCCAUUGAUUGUACCGGCACUUGAUUUUGUUUCCUCCUGCAUUUUCUUUGUUGAAGAAAUAAAGUACAUCCAAGUUGCA